GCCGGGCCGGGCCGCGGAGCGCGACGGGCAGCGCGGAGCGGCCGCGCCCGGGAGGAGCCGCCGCCGGCGGGAGCGCAGCGGAGGCGGGCGGGCCGCGCCAUGCGGCUGUGCGGGGCGCUGCUCAAGAACCCCAUCCCCAAGCAGAUCGAGUACUACUCGCGCUUCUCCCCCUCGCCCCUCUCCAUCAAGCAGUUCCUCGACUUCGGUCGUGACAAUGCCUGCGAGAAGACUUCGUACAUGUUCCUGCGGAAGGAGCUUCCUGUGCGACUGGCGAACACCAUGAGGGAAGUCAAUUUGCUGCCUGAUAAUUUACUGAACAGGCCUUCGGUUGGGCUGGUACAGAGUUGGUACAUGCAAAGUUUCCUUGAGCUUUUAGAAUACGAAAAUAAAAGUCCUGAGGAUCCUCAUGUUCUGGAUGACUUUUUAGAUGUUUUAAUUAAAGUCAGGAACAGACACAAUGACGUGGUUCCAACCAUGGCACAAGGGGUGAUUGAAUACAAGGAAAAAUAUGGCUUUGAUCCAUUUGUUAGCAGUAACAUCCAGUAUUUUCUAGAUAGAUUCUACACCAACCGCAUUUCCUUCCGUAUGCUUAUUAACCAACACACACUUCUGUUUGGUGGAGAUAUUAAUCCAGCUCAUCCCAAACACAUUGGAAGUAUUGAUCCUAAUUGUGAUGUGGCAGAGGUAGUUAAAGAUGCUUAUGAAACAGCUAAAAUGUUAUGUGAACAGUACUAUACAGUGGCACCUGAUCUGGAAGUUGAAGAAUUCAAUGCUAAAGCUCCAAACAAGCCCAUUCAAGUAGUCUAUGUACCUUCUCAUUUGUUUCAUAUGUUAUUUGAAUUAUUCAAGAAUUCAAUGAGAGCUACAGUGGAAUUGCAUGAAGGUAAGAAAGAAGCCUGUCCAUCGAUCAAAACCUUAGUCACUUUGGGGAAAGAAGAUCUAUCUAUUAAGAUAAGUGACAAAGGUGGAGGUGUACCUCUAAGGAAAAUAGACAGAUUGUUUAACUACAUGUACUCAACAGCACCCAGGCCCAGUCUGGAGCCCUCAAGGGCUGUGCCUUUGGCUGGGUUUGGCUAUGGAUUGCCAAUUUCUCGUCUGUAUGCAAGGUACUUUCAAGGUGACCUUAAACUCUACUCAAUGGAAGGUGUGGGUUCAGAUGCUGUUAUUUAUUUGAAGGCCCUUUCAAGUGAAUCAUUUGAAAGACUUCCUGUAUUUAAUAAGUCAGCAUGGCGGCACUACAAGACCACACCUGAAGCAGAUGACUGGAGCAAUCCUAGCAGUGAACCAAGGGAUGCUUCUAAAUAUAAAGCUAAUCGAUAAUUUGCCACCUUUUGUCUCUGUUGGAGAUGACCUCUGCAUUCAGUAUAAAGUCUCUGCUUUGUUCCAAAAUCCUUCAAACCACAGUAGCUAAUUACUUCCAAACAAAGACCUAAUCAGGGCAUUGAAAAAUACUAAGAACAAAGUGAUGGUUGGGACUUAAAGGAAGGCACUGAGCAUGUUUGGUAUGUGAAUCCUGUGUACUUCACCAGAAUAUGCUUGGUUGCUUCAGUCAUGCAUUGACAAAAGGGCUGGCACUGUGAUUGCACUUAGGAACACAAAGUUGUAACAAAAAGAUACUAUUUGAAGUGGCCAAUUCUUAUUCCAACCUAAGGAUUGAUAAGAUGUGCAGAAUCCCUUUAAGUGGUGAAUAGUAUCUUGCACAGCAAUAUGGUGUAAGAGAAAAAUUCUAACGUAGUUAUGUGUGUGCUUCAUGCAGCAUUUUGUAUUGCACAGUGUCACCCCUAAGAGAAAAUCCCUUUGAGCUCUUCAGAUCUUAUCUCUAGUGAGUUUAUAAAUGCAUAGUUCUAACAAGGGUUGUGCAGCUUUAAACUGAUGCUUUGUCCAAAUUCCCAAAUCCAUUUGUCAUGUGCAUACAAAAGUUGUGUUGUUAUAAGACGGUAGGAUUUCCACUUCUUGGUAUGCACCUUAAUGAUUUUCUUAACACAGAAAUGCAUUUCUAUGCAUUUUUCCUUGUUUUGAGGAAAGCUCCUAAGUAGUUAGAUCAUCUCUCCUUAAAAAAUUCUGUCAGUACAGGGGCAGGGGGUAAUUCAAUUUCCUAUUUGCCUGUCAUUUUAGGGGAAUUGGGGAGGGGAGAGAAAUGCUAAGAGGCCAGACAGCCAGUCAUACAAAUGAAUUUGCCUUAAGAGUGUUGGUUGAUUGAAACCUGAUUAGUUUAAAACCUGUAAAUAGUUUGCAAAGUUAUUUAUACAUUCAAUGUCUGACUACAGUCUGGUUAUCUGAAUUUGUAGUGUAUAUAAAGAUGUUGUUCACCA